AUGAGUUCAUCAGAUGGUGUCCAGGGGAAAAAAUUGGAGGAACUAUGUAGGUAUGCUAGGGAAGGCUACUGGGGUUGUGUGUUGGAAACAUACAAGGAAGAAAGGAAGCUUCGCACGAAGAAGAUAACAGAAAAAGGAGACACAUUUUUACACUUGGCUUUGUCUAAAGAUGCGUACCUUGUGGCGUCAGAAAUGAUAUCCAUACUUGAAGAAGCGAAAAAUAAUGUGAAAGACAAGGUUAGAGAUGGAGAGAGCCACGUGAAGAAGGUGCUUCGGGCUAAGAAUUUUGAUGGGGAGACAGCACUUUUCCUGGCGGCUCUCCAUGGCAACAAAAGUGCUUUUCUUCGCCUUUAUUAUCUUUGUAAGCAUAGCGAUGGUGGAGAUUCUUCAACUGAUCCUGACCAUGCUGACUGUAUAAAAAGGAACAACAAUGAUACCAUUCUCCACUGUGCAAUUGAACACGGCCAUAUUGAUGUGGCAAUCGAAAUAUUUCACCUUUACAGAGAUGAUCUUGUGAAUUGCAGAGAGAUGAAGCGCAACAAUGAUGGCUUGUCUCCGCUCCAUCUUCUAGUAACAACGCCUUCAGCUUUCAAAAGUACAAGUCUCCAUGGUCGAUUUAUCGUUGUUCAUCUCCUUUAUCAGCUUAUUAGUGUUAAGGAGAAGAAGGCGCCCACCACCGAGAAAGAAGUACGGGCACCACGUGAGCAUGAAUCAUUCUACAGAAUCUACUACGACUUAGUAUUGGACUGGUUCUUGGAUUUAGUAUGUGCAGUAUGCUGGGACUUUAGUCAAAGGCAUGGCGUCAAGUAUAGUUUAGCCCUGGGCGUCAAGUAUAUUUUAGCCCUGCUGGGAUUUAUAAUCUUGGUCCUGCUCGCCCUCCCGAUGGCCCUCCCGCUAAUCCUCUCGCUAUACAUCCUCGCUUUAUUUUUAUUAGCAGGGAAAUGGCUACAUGGGAUACGAAAAAUGAAGCAGGAGCACACAUGGUAUGGUCAAAUAAUGAAUGGACUUCUUGACAAUGCCUCAAGUGAAGAGAUGUCCAAGAUAAAACAUGACGACAGCGGGGAAUGGCUUCGUGAGAUGCGAAAAAUGGAGCAGGAGCAUGAAUGGUGUGGUCAAAUAAUGAAUGAACUUCUUGAGCAUGAAAUGUCAAAGAUAAAACUUGAGGACAGCGGGGCGGGCAGUAAAAUAGUUGAGACACCGCUGAUGAUUGCUGCGAAGAAUGGUGCGGUUGAAAUGGUGAAGUGGAUUGUGGAAAAAUUUCCGUGGAGGAUUGAAGAUGUGAAUGAUGAGAAGAAGAACAUAGUUCUAGUUGCAGCAGAAAAAGGGCAGAGAAAGUUAUAUCAGUUUUUAUUGGAUCAAAAGGGAGACAGAAUUCCCGAAAGUGCAUUUAGCCAAAUAGAUAAGAAGGGAAACACUGCAUUGCACUUGGCAGCCAUGAGUGGUGCUAACCUAAAUUGGCAAACAACUACCAUGAUAGAGGAAUCCAAGUGGUUUGAGUUAGUGAAAAAAUCAGUGCCUUCUAAUUUGAGGGAGCGGCUCAACGAUGAGGGGAAAAGAGCAGAAGGAAUCUUUCGAGCGAUUCAUGGGGACUUGAUGAAAGGCGACUUAGAGUGGUUGCAUAAAACCUCACAAGCAUGUUCUGUGGUGUCCACCCUCGUUGCAACCAUGGUCAUUCCCAAUGUGGCAUCCAGUUCUGGUAAUAGUGGCAAGCCAAUACUUAUAAACAAGUUUGGAUUCGAAGAUCUUCCAAACCCAUAUCUUGUCACCCUUUCCUUGUCCCUCAUGUCCACUAUCUCCUUCCUAGGCAUACUUGCUUCUCGUUUUCAAUCCAUUAGCCUUUGGACACUCGUGCCCCUUCAUGCUUCACUUUGGUUUGUUCUUAAUGUUCGCCUCCCUUUUUUCUCUGUGGAUCUCUCUCAUGCUCCAUGACAAUUCUCCAAGAACUUAUGUAAUUCUUGGCUCUCCAAUCGCCUUCCUUAACAUGGUCUUACUACCCAUAUUCCUUCAUCCUACGUUGAAGUCUAUAUUUGUUUACCAAGGUUCCGAUUCCAGCCGCCAGACCAAACUCAAGCA